CAUGGAGAAAAAGAAUAUUGUUCUACUUUUCCUCAUGGUUUCGGCUUUUCUUUUAUCAACUUCAAUGGCCGGUCGACGACCCAAGGUCAUAAACAUGGCUGAGGAAAUGAACGAAGGCUUUGAGGAUGGUGAUGAAGCAAGUGCAGUUCAUGAAAGGGUGCUGAGAGCAAACACGAGAGACUAUGGAAAAUAUGAUCCAGCGCCAGCUCUUGUGAAGCCUCCUUUCAAGCUCAUACCUAAUUGAUGCCUGCUUUGCAUCCUAUAUAUUUUACUUAAUUAUAUCAACCAUCUCAUAUAUAUAUAUAUAUAUAACAGAAGAAC